AUGAUAGACGUAAGCGAAGCCCCAGCCCCACUGGACCUUAAGGCUGUGAAAGCAGAUCUUAAUCCCCGAAAGCGGAAGGGGGCCACAAAUCGCGCCUCUCCGAGGAACGAAGAAGCAAUCGCGAAAACCCAAAACCAGAGAACUAAAUCGCCCGGACUAGUGCAGGGAAGAGCUAACACCAUAGAGAAAAACUCUAGAGCGAUUCCCAACCUGGAGAACAGAACCCUAAAGACUGAACCGUAA